CAUCAAGGGGACACCGGUAGCUAGCGUCAUCCCGAAUCAGAAAUACCCUUUCUUUCAAUAUACAUGUUGGUCUGUGCCAGAUUUGUUUAUCUGUUCCAUCAAUAUGGUAAGACUCCCUCCCUAAUUCUUAUUUUUCCAACGGUUGAGUUACGUUUGGGCAUAGAAUUUAGCGUUCUGUCCAGUAGCUAUCAAGACAAGCUCCCUCACGCUACAGAAACAGGUGAAAUAUUGGCCUACCAUCGGCCAUUCUGGCUCAUACAUUACUUUAUUUACUGUGUGUCUCGAAAACACAGCUGCUGUCAAACCAGUGUUCAGUAAGCUCUGAGCCUGAUGCAUCUGUCCUCUUAAGGAAUAAAUUAUUAUUAGAAUCAACACAGUUUCAAAUCUUGCAAAUGAAUGUUAGAGAGGAUGAUGACACAGAGACAGAUAGGCCUGCAGGCAAUUCCAGAACCCUCACCUUGGCGGUGUGCUCCGCUGCCAUCGGUGGCACCUUCCAGUACGGCUACAACCUCUCCAUCAUCAACGCCCCCACCAACCACAUCCAGAGGUUCAUCAAUGAGACACACUGGGAGCACUGGGGAACCGGCCUAGACACCUCCCAGGUGACCCUGCUGUGGACCGUGAUCGUGUCUGCCUUUUCCCUGGGUGGCCUGACCGGGGCUCUUCUGGCAGGACCCAUGGCUGUCCGCUGUGGCAGGAAGAACUCACUACUUCUCAAUAACUCUUUCUUGUUCCUCGGUGCAGUCCUCGCCCUUACCAGCAGGGCGGCGAGGUCAGUUGAGAUGAUUAUUUUUGCCCGCCUGCUAGUGGGGGUCAACGCUGGAGUGAGCAUGAACGUCCAGCCCAUGUAUUUCGUAGAGAGCGCCCCCAAACACCUGCGUGGCGCUGUGGCCUUCUCCUCGGCCGUGUUCACAGCAUUUGGGAUCUUCCUGGGCCAGGUGGUGGGUCUAACGGAGCUGUUGGGUACCGAGCCCCUCUGGCCCUACCUCCUGGCCAGCAAUGCCCUCCCAGGCCUCCUCCAGCUACUCACCCUGCCCUGGUUCCCUGAGAGCCCCCGCUACCUGCUCAUGGACCGGGGGAACAAGGAGGCGUGCGCCCGGGCUCUGGGUAGGUUCCGCGGCGGGGCUGACUUCAGCCUGGAGAUGGAGGAGAUGCUGAAGGAGCAGGCUGACGCCGGUGGGGCCAUGGCCAAGAGUCAGACUCCCUGGGACCUGUUCUCCAACCGCUCCCUCCACCCCCAGCUACGCACUGUGAUGGCUGCUAGCAGUGCCAUGAUGCUGUGUGGUAAUGACUCCAUCUACUUCUAUGCCUCGUACAUCUUCCUAGCAGCAGGGAUCCCUGUGGAGAAGGUCCAGUAUGUUUCUAUCGGCACUGGGGCCUGCGAGUUCACUGCUGCCGUCGUGUGUAACCUGCUGGUUGAGCGUGUGGGCCGCAGGAUGCUCCUCAGUGGCGGAUACGCCCUAAUGGCGGUCUGGGCGCUGGUCUUCACCCUGGCCCUGACCCUCCAGGGCUACUCUGUCCCAGGGAUGCCCUAUCUCAGCAUGGCCUGUGUGUUCUGCUAUAUCCUCAGCUUCGGUAUGGGCCCUGCCGGGGUUACGGGAAUCUUGCCUGCUGAGAUCUUUGACCAGACGGCUCGGCCUGCGGCCUACAUGGUGGCUGGGUCCCUCAUGUGGAUCAACCUCUUGAUAGUAGGCAUGGCUUUUCCAUUCAUAGUGAGUUACCUCAAUGCGCUCUGCUUCAUCCCGUUCUGUUGCAUCUGUGUGGCGACCUCUUUGUUUGUGGGCCUCACUCUGCCCGAGACCAAGGGCAGGACACUGGCUGAGAUCACAGCAGAGUUUGAUAGGAGGAGUCUUUUGAAGAAGGGCCCAGAGAAGCAGGGGCCCGAGCCCAUGAAGGAGCAAUAUCAGCUGGGUAAAGCUCUCUCUCUCACCACCAUAGACCCAGAGCCCCUCUCUCAUCUCCUAGACCCAGAGCCUCUCUCACAGCCCUAGACCCAGAGCCUCUCUCUCUCACAGCCCUAGACCAGAGCCUCUCUCUCUCACAGCCCUAGACCCAGAGCCUCUCUCUCUCACAGCCCUAGAACCAGAGCUCUCUCUCUCACAGCCCUAGACCCAGAGCCUCUCUCUCUCACAGCCCUAGACCCAGAGCCUCUCUCUCUUACAGCCCUAGACCCAGAGCCCCUCUCUCUCACAGCCCUAGACCCAGGGCCCCUCUCUCUCACGGCCCUAGACCCAGAGCCUCUCUCUCUCACCACCCUAGACCCAGAGCCUCUCUCUCUCACUGCCCUAGACCCAGAGCCUCUCUCUCUCACUGCCCUAGACCCAGAGCCUCUCUCUCUCACUGCCCUAGACCCAGAGCCUCUCUCUCACUGCCCUAGACCCAGAGCCUCUCUCUCUCACCACCGUAGACCCAGAGCCCCUCUCUCACUGCCCUAGACCCAGAGCCCCUCUCUCACUGCCCUAGACCCAGAGCCCCUCUCUCACUGCCCUAGACCCAGAGCCCCUCUCUCACUGCCCUAGACCCAGAGCCCCUCUCUCACCACCUAGACCCAGAGCCUCUCUCUCACCGCCUAGACCCAGAGCCUGGGGGAACAGUCUGGGGGUCUGAGGGUGGGGUAUUAUAUGAAUUAUAUUUAAUUAUGGUGUAUGAAUGUGGUGCCUUGGUCCCUAAACCAAAUAGCCUAUACCUCUUUAUGAACUCACUGUAAUCAAGACUGCUGUUAUAAUGACAAAUUAAGGCUGUCCCCGACUAAAAAUAAAAUCUUGGUCGACCGAGAGUCUUCCUGUUCUUUCGACCAAUCAAAAUGUUUAAACUUAUUGCACUGUCCGUGCUGAAACUGCAACAUCAUUUCAGCCAUUUAGUUUCUUACUUGUUUCUGACUGAAAAGUUAUGUUAUCAAAAUCCCUCAUUUGUUUCCAAAAAAUAUUCCCUAUUCCCUCAACCCUUGCUUUCUUUACAUGUAAGCAUCGCAUGCAUGUGAUCAAUAGGGCCUAUAGCCUAUCAUAAUCACAUCAAUAAAUUGCUUAUAACAAACUCCAAACCCAUAAUGUCAACUAGGAAAAUGGAUGCGGAGGACAUGGAAAAAGAAACUCAAAAUGGGCGAAUAUUUACUGGUUGCUCAAGAGGGAAAGGGGAAGUCAGAUCUGUCGAAGACAUUUGACUUAGUUGUGGAAACUACUGGAGAUUAAGAAAUAUUUGGGUAUAGGCGCAAGCGUUGUGAGUAUCGUGUGCCAAGCAGUUGCUGUUAGAUUACAAUAUCAUUUUUUAUAACCAUUUGGAACAGUCUAAACAACACUAAAUAAAUAAGUGUACCAGAGAGUCUGUACUAAUGAAAAAAACAAAUAUAUAUAAAGCCUUUAUUACAUCAGAUUAAAAACAGUUGCAUGCAUUCAUGAAUUGCGGUUUAUUUAUUGAUUCGGUAAAUUAUUCAAAGCUUCCGUUAUUUAAUUGUAAAACGAAAAUGCUUGAUUGCAUUUCAAAGCAUGUUUCUCUCGUAUGCUUUGUGAUGGCAUGAACGAACGAAGGAUUGAAUGAUUGAUUGAUACAGUAGCCUAUAUAAUGAAAUAUAGGCCUAAGUAAGUUAUGGUAUUAAGAUUAAACAGGACGUGCUCUUAGGCCUACACCUCGAUGGUGGUUAUACAAGGUUAAAAUACAAAGCCUACUAAUGAUGACGACAUUACUCAUUAUUAUAAUGAUUAAAAACAGCAAAAUCUGUGAAAUUGCUUUAGCCGCCAUUUUGCCGUUGCAUGAGGCUUGGUGCUCAUGGAAUUAGUAGGCUGUUAAAGAAACACUCAAACAGGCAACAGAAGCAAUAUCUGUCUUAUUUCUGUAGAUGUAUAUGGAUGAUUUAUAAAGCCAGGCACAUUUAACAGUUAGGCUAUUCAUUAUAGACCUAAUUCAAUUGUGGUUUCCUCACUCCUCAAUUUUCUUAGACAAUUAGGCUAAGGUAAGGGCUGUUUCCCCGUCUCUGCUGCUGCCUCCACCGCAUUGUUCUCAAUCCCAAUAUGCUGGUUAACUUUGCUAUUAUGCACAUAGCAACAUAGGGAAAGGCAGCAAUUCUAUGGCGCACUGAAGAUUGUUUCAGAACCGCGGACAGUGACCGUAUCCAAUGCCGGAGAAAACUAAUUUGUUCUAAAUUAAUAUUUGAUUCAUUAAUGUUGCACCAUUAUUUUGACCUAAUAUAACCAUAUACAAUUUCAGUAUCACGUCUUAGAGUGAUGGAUUGUGCCCUCCCCUUGGCCUCUGCAAUGGAUUAGUCCACUGAGACAGCCGUGAAUCAGACAGGUCUUGUGCACCAUGAAAAAAAAUUACAAUAAUUGUUACUGCUUGACUAAAGAGAUCUCGGUCGACCAACAGCUUAUCGGCCAAUGAAUUGACCAGUCGACUAAAUGGGGGUCAGCCCUAUAAUGAAUGAUUCUGAAUAAUGAUUUUGCACUAUAUUAUUGCUAUGAUUUCUUUAUCAAAACUCCAUUACCUCCAUUAUGUUUAGACUGAUGUGCAGUUUGAGUCAGAUAUGUUCCUUCCAUGCAUGUGUGAUAUGGGGAAAGGGCAUUGUCUGGUUAUACUUGAAUAUCAGUACUGUACUACUCUCAUCAAGUCCAGUCUCUACAGUUAUGUACAAUUUAGAAUGUUGUAAGCUCGACCUAUUUUGCUGUAAAUGCCAAACCUUAAUUGAUAUUGAUUGUUGCAGUAUGUUUACAGUAUAUAAUGCAUGUUUUAUUUAUCACCAAAAAGUGUUGGAGUGUUGGAUUAUGUAUUUUCAUCCUAUUUUGUCUGUUUGAUCAGGAAAUCACCAGCUAUUUUCACUCUUUAUGCCACAACACAAACACUUAAAACACAUAAUAUAGGCUAUAAUGUUACUAUUUAAAUUACUAUACAGAAUGUCCAUUAAGUGGCAUCAUUGCGCUGAGUAAAUCCUUUGUUUCAGGGUUUCAUGUAUGUACCUUCAGUAUCAGGUCCACCCUACCCUUGGUUACUCUUGGGUACCCAAAGGUUAUCUAUGCACUUUCAAGCAUGACAAAUAAACUCUAUGAAGCCAUUAUUUGCAAUUCUUGCUUUGUAUGUAUUUGAGUGUUAGACUGAAACAAGUGCUGAUGUCAAUCCAGCAAUAUUUUUCUGUCAUGAAACAACUAUAUAAUAUAGAUACAGUACCAGUCAU